UUAAGUGUAAAUCGCUCCCUCGUUCGUUCGUAUCGUCAUCUAUCUUUCAAUCUUCCAAUUUUUAGAGAGAGAGAGGGGACCCUAUCUGCUUAAAGAACGACAAUCCCACACCAAACGGCUAUAAUUGGCGUUACAAAUUACAAUUACAAUUACCACUAUGGGGAAUGAAGGGAACCCAUAGAGAGAGAAAGUAGAAGAGAGAGAAACAAACAUAACCUCAAACAAAAUAUCGUUGCUUGCUUUACUGGGUUUUUGCCUCUUUGCAUUUUUUUUGGCCACCUUUCAUUCAAGAGGGUUUCGAUACUCAUAAAUAAUAAAUAAAUAAAUAAAAAUACACUACACAAAACCCAAUUCUCCACUUUUAUUUCCCAUUUUUUAUUUUCCCAACACAAAAAAAAAAAAGACAGAAACUUUUGUUUUUGUGGCUUCUUCUUCACCAUGUCUGAGGGGUAUUAUAAUUCGAAGAAAACUGAUGAUAUCUGCGAUGAUGUUUGCGGACAGGGAACACCUGCAGCACUGAGCAUGUCGAGACUCAGGUGUAUUUUACGAGGAUUUGACUUCAAGACUUACAUAUUUAUGUUCGUGAUCAUCCCGGUCGGCAUCUUUGUCCUCUAUUUGCACGGGCAGAAAAUCUCGUAUUUUCUAAGACCGUUGUGGGAAUCUCCGCCAAAGCCCUUUCAUGAAAUCCCUCACUAUUAUCACGAGAACGUGUCAAUGGAGUCUCUCUGCAAACUUCAUGGUUGGGGAAUUCGCGAAUCACCAAGACGAGUCUUUGAUGCUGUUUUGUUUAGCAAUGAAGUCGACAUGCUUACUAUCCGAUGGAAAGAAAUGUAUCCUUAUGUUUCGCAGUAUGUACUACUGGAAUCAAACUCAACAUUUACAGGAUUCACCAAACCGUUGAUUUUUGCAAACAAUAGGGACAAGUUCAAGUUUAUUGAGCCUCGACUGACAUAUGGGGUGAUUGGUGGAAGGUUCAGGAGAAAGGAAAAUCCAUUUAUUGAGGAGGCAUAUCAAAGAGUUGCCUUGGAUCAACUUCUGAGGAUAGCAGGCAUCGAAGAUGACGAUCUUUUGAUAAUGUCCGAUGUUGACGAGAUUCCUAGUGCACACACAAUUAAUCUAUUAAGGUGGUGUGAGGACACCCCUCCGAUUCUUCAUCUUCAACUCAAGAAUUACUUGUACUCUUUCGAGUUUUUUCUUGACAACAAAAGUUGGAGAGCGUCAAUCCAUAGAUACCAGACCGACAAGACAAGAUAUGCACACUAUAGGCAGUCUGAUCUACUGCUGUCAGAUGCUGGCUGGCAUUGUAGCUUCUGUUUCCGACAUAUCAGUGAAUUUGUGUUUAAGAUGAAAGCUUACAGCCACUACGAUCGGGUGAGGUUUCCUCAUUACUUGAAUCCUGACCGGAUUCAGAAUGUGAUAUGCAAAGGUGCUGACUUAUUUGACAUGCUUCCUGAAGAGUAUACAUUUAAGGAGAUCAUUGGAAAACUCGGACCGAUUCCUCAUUCUUAUUCAGCAGUGCAUCUUCCUGCUUAUUUGUUAAACAAUGCAGAUAGAUACAAGUACUUGUUGCCCGGUAACUGCAGGAGAGAAAGUGGCUGACACCGAAUGUAGGUGUUUCCUUUUAAUUUUGCAACAAAAUGAGCUCUAUUGAAUGAUUCUUUAGAGGGAUACUCAGAUAAAAGCCUGAUAAGAUUUUGAAAUUUGACAGGAACCUCUGUUUAUCCAAUUUUCAUAUACCGGGAUCUUUAAUUUAAACCUUCUGGAGAGGUAUGUGAGGUUCUCAAGUGAGGAGCGUGUGAGGGAAAAGUAGUUUUUUUAUGCCUUUUGGGCAAGCUUAUGUACAGUAAGUUUGGGCUUUUUGCAUAAACCCUAACUUGCCUAAUAGUUAGUUGCAUGUCAAGUCUCAAGCUCUUCCUGUGGGAAUUUGGAUUGAUUGGUUAAGUUAUACACAUAUUCCAACCACUUUGGUUGCUUACUACAACAACUUUAAUUCGAUCGCUUUUCGACCCUCCAUUUUGAUUAGUGUUGAAUUUUGAUUCUCUGUAUUUACUUCACUCUUCCUCGUGUA